AAGAGUUGGCCGUUACAUCAUCUUUACGAAUGCACAAAAGUUGUGUGGUGGGGUGCCCGCUUUACGUUACCUAGCGCUCAGUGUAUACAACAACAUGUGGAGUGUCGGUCGUGUCUAAAUAUCUCCCGUUUUUGUGACUUGAUGGACCAGAUUCUAUACAAAGUAAACAAUACAUUUGAUAUAUAAAAUAAUAUAAAAAUGGCGGAAAAAGUCUCAAAUGGAAAUGCUGCUGAAUUGGACACAUUUUUACCUCAGGACAAUUCAACAACAAAUGGAGUUACAAAGUACAAAGUGAAUAAAAAUAAUGACCUGGAAUCAGCGAAUAAUGAUCCUUUCAAGUCGAGGAAUCUGGAACAUCCUGUUUCUGACUGUGAUACUUUAACCCAUCUACUAAAGGCUGCCUUAGGCACUGGCAUUUUGUCUAUGCCUGCCGCAUUUAAAGCAUCUGGUUUAGUCCUAGGAAUAUUUCAAACACUACUGGUAUCCCUAAUAUGCACCCAUUGUGCGUAUAUAUUGGUCGCAUCAGCGCACGAGUUGUACAAAAAAAGUGGAAAACAUUCAAUGAGCUUUGCUGAAGUCGCUGAAGAGUCUUGCCGAAGAGGUCCGAAGUGGGGCAGAUCAUGGGGAACUUCCGCUAGGCUGUUAGUUCAAAUUGGAAUAUUUAUCACCUACUUCACCACAUGCAGUUGCUACUCUGUUAUAAUAGCCAAAGACAUCAAUUAUGUACUGGACCAUUACUUGGGGUGUACUGUUAAUAUCAGGAUAACGAUAUCUCUGUUAUUGGUGCCUCUUAUUCUGAUAGCCUAUGUACCGAAUCUGAAAUAUUUAGCGCCUGUUUCGAUGGUGGCUAACGCAUUUAUGGCUGUAGGACUUGGCAUUACUUUCUACUAUCUCGUGGCUGACAUACCUGAAAUUUCGGAAAGAAAACUAGCUGUAAUUCCGUCUUUACCAGUUGCCUUCAGUAUUACCAUAUUUGCAAUUGAAGCAAUCGGAGUGGUAAUGCCAUUAGAAAAUCACAUGGAGACACCAAAACACAUGAUUGGAUUAUGUGGAGUCCUCAACCAAGGAAUGAGUGCCGUAACUCUUGUAUAUAUUUUGCUAGGAUUCCUGGGAUACUUGCAGUUUGGUGAAAUUACAGAAGGAUCAAUUACAUUAAACUUGCCACAAUCAGAAAUACCUGCUCAAAUUGUCAAUAUUCUAAUUGCCUUGGCAGUCUAUUGCACAUUUGGACUGCAGUUCUACGUGUGCCUUGACAUUGUAUGGAAUGGCGUAAAGGAUAAGUGCGAAAAUCAUCCAGUAAUUGCCAAUUAUGCUAUGAGAACGAUCCUCACAGUCGUCUGUAUUGCCAUUGCGAUUGCUGUUCCAACAAUCAUUCCUUUCGUUUCCCUCAUUGGUGCAUUUUGCUUUUCUAUACUUGGCAUCAUUUUGCCCAUAAUUAUUGAGGUUUUAACUUUCUGGGAUAAAGGAUUCGGGAAAUUCAAUUGGAAAAUUUAUAAAAACAUUUUGGUUGUAAUCGCUGGUAUCCUAGCUUUAAUAUUUGGUUCUAAAAUGGCAAUUGCUGAUAUUGUAGAUAUGUACAAACCUAAAAAUGAGACAGUUAUAAUAAAUGCUACUUGCAUUGACAAAUGGUAUACAUAAAUAGCUAAUUUAUUUACAUUUUUUACAAUCAUGAUAAAUGUAUAUUGUUCUAAGACAUUUACUUUAAAUUUUUGUUGAUUCCGGGGCAUUUAUUUAAUUCUUAUAAAGUAAAUACCUCAAAUUUUUGUUGACACUUUUGUUACAAAAUAAAGGGUAAUAACUAACGUUGUAAUCUUUUGUUGUAAUCAUUUUAUUAUACUUCGUUGGAGUCGUUAAUUAUAUAAACCGUUUUUUAAAAGACAUUUAUACAUCUAACAAAACCAUUGUCAUCAUAAUAGAAUAAUUUCUGUGAUUCAUAAAUUAAAUUUAUUAUAAACUUGAAUUUAAUAUAUGUUGCUUCUCUUUAAUUAAAAGUAAUUGCUAUAUUUUUUUAGUUAUCUAACAUUUAGGUACACGCCAGUUGUUAGCCUCGGGUAUUAAUAUUUUUGUAUGUCCUACUAAUUGUUAGUAUUUAAUUUUUCAGUAUUUAUGUUCAGCCAAAGAUUUGAUUAAAAGUGUAAAAACUGAUUUCUGGGGUUUCUAGCAAUUUUAGCUCACGGUUACAUAUUAUGACACAGCUUCCUAGUUAAGAACAUUAUUUUGAUAUAUACUUUUAAUUAUCUUUUGGAAAGUCUUUAAUGUAUAAAAAUUGUUUAUCUAUACAAUUGUUUUAAAAUAAUUGCAAGUGUAUGGCACAUAUUAUAUACAUAAUAAUAUAUUAAUUGUAAUUGUUUUCAGGUUGUAUUUAUAAAUUGAAGGUUUUAUACAAAAAUAAAUUUUUAUUUGGUUUUU